AUGCAUAAUUCAAUUUCUUCCAAUCAUGCUUUGGAUUACUAUGAUCAAGAUGUCCCGGCCAGCAACGAGAAACCUCUCACAAAGAGUAUCUCUAUAGAUUCCGAUGCUGCUGAUUCCUUACAAAGGAAUCAAUUUUUGUCGUCUGACAAGGCAUCCACAGCCGUCCUCUCACCCAAUGCUUACAAAUCGUCCGAAUCCUCGAAAGCCAUAGACGAAAAAGUUGAUGCAAAUGUUCAUGUAAGGGACAAUGCAAGUGAAAAAACAAAAAAAGAUGAAGAUAUCCAAAUGAUUCCCGAAAAUAACAUGUUUAUUGUCGUUCCAGCUCUCGUCUUGACGCUUUUCCUGGCUGCUCUAGAUAAUACCAUUGUCACAGUUGCCCUUCCUACUAUUUCCGAGCAUUUCCAUGAUGCCUCUCAUUCGUUCUGGAUUGGUACUUCGUAUUCCCUAGCCACAAAUGCCAUCCUUCCCGCCGUUGGUGUUCUCUCGAAUAUUGUAGGGAGAAAGCCUAUGCUUUAUGUUUCCGUCUUCUUCUUCAUGCUCGGUAGUGCUCUCAGUGGUGCUAGUCAAAACAUGAUUAUGCUAAUUGUUUGCAGAGCCAUCCAAGGCCUUGGAGGUGGUGGAAUUACGUCUUUGGUGAACAUAAUCAUCUCUGAUAUCACCCCUCUUAAAACGCGUCCUGUAUACACCGGUUUGGUUGCUUCGGCCUGGGGCAUCGCUCUCGUCCUUGGUCCAAUUCUAGGUGGUGUUAUAUGUCAAAGAACUACUUGGCGAUGGAUUUUUUUCAUCAACCUUCCUGUCGGUGGUUUAGCGAUAUCUUGUCUUAUUUUCUUUUUGAGGUUGCUACCCGUGCGUCGACAAUCCUUCCGUACAUUCCUAAAAACUUUUGACUUUUUUGGACUUAUUACCGUUAUUACGGGCGUUGUGCUUUUUUUGUUAGGUAUUUCUUUAGGGGCUUCGUCUGGUCGUUGGUCUCGUCCCAGUGUUUUACCUUAUAUUAUUGUUGGUGCUGCCUUAGUAGUCAUUGCAUUCGUAUAUGAUUUUAAUACGAAAAGAAAUGCUGUGUUGCCCUCAGUAUUUUUCAAAAAUAUAAAUAGUCUAAGCUUACUCGUUUGUUCCUUCGUGCAUUUCCUAAACUAUUAUUUAUUUUCUUAUUAUAUUCCUCAGUACUUCCAACGGAUUCGAGGUGAUGAUCCCAUCAUGGCCGGUGUGCAUUUCUUGCCCGGUGGAUGUGUUUUGUGCUUCUUUUCAAUAACUGUUGGCUUGAUUUUAAAAAAGUUGGGUCGCUACAAGCCACUACUUUACAUCGGGGCUGUCGCUUGCACUGCCGGAAUGGGCAGUUUGAUAUCUCUGGGGGCCUACUCUUCCUUUCCCAAAGCCAUGGGCUUAACCACUAUCUAUAUGUUUGGCUCUGGAUUUUUCUUCUUACCUCCAAUGAUUGCUAUGCAGGCAGCUUUUCCUCCCUCGUUAAUGUCCAUGGCCACUGCCACUUUGAUGUUUAUACGAAACAUUGGAGGAGCUAUUGGUAUCACUGUGGGCGAGGUUAUUUUUAGCCAGAGGGUAACUGGUGCCUUUCACGGGAACAGUUCGAUUGCGUCCCUUUCGUACGAACAGAUCCAGCAGUAUCCAGCUCACGAACGGGACCAUAUUGAAGAAACUUUUGCAUCUGCUUUUCGAACUAUUUGGAUUUUUGCUACUAUUGCCAUGGCUAUUGGCGCUGUCGCCGUCUUGUUUGUGAAGAGUAAUUCAAUCGUUCAAAAGUCGGAAAAGGUUCCCGCAAAGGAGCAAAAGAAUGAACAAGUUUAA